CCCCCCCCCCCCCCCCGAGCUGUGUAAAUGGAACAGAGUACCUUGGACUAGUUGGUCCGACAAUUCAUUCCCAGGGUUUGGUGGAAGUCAGACAUCUAGAAAGGGGGCGGAGGUACGGUACACUACUACUACGCGGAUUGGAGGAGCGGAUGUGCUAGUUAACCAAGAGGUCAUGGUUGACGGUAUGAAUAGGGGAUGUAAUGGUUAUGCUAUUGACCGAACGGACCAAGUGUUUUUGUUCGUUUUGUCACUCUGUCUAAAGUCUUCUGUUUGUCUUGUUUGUUAGACUAGACGGCUAACACGAUCCAGAGCUGUCGCCCACGGCCAACACAAAACCAGAGCACUAACUGUUCACAAAUUGUACUUUCACCACCCGCACUGCAGCACUCACUGGGAGAGGUGACCGUGUUUGUGUGUGGUGUUUGGACAUUGUUAUUAUUUAUGGGACUGCCACCUUUCAUAUCCCUGUGCAAUGCACAUUGCUGUGUCCUAUUCAGGGCCGGUCUUAGUCUGUGUGGGGCCCUAAGAGGGGGUCCUAGAAGGUGCCCCCCCCCCAAAAAAAAUCCCAAUUAAAAAAAAAACAAAUCCCCCCACACAUUAUGUCAAUAAAACCAUAGGCUACUGCUCAUCUUCAGUAAUCAAGUAGGCAAGCCAUACUGCACGUGUGCUGUCACUUAAGUGAAACAAAAACUGUUUGCAAAUGUUAUUCUUUUUAUAUAAAUCUAAAAUUAUAUUUGACUGAUUGUGACAGGAUUGGCAGAGGUUGAGACUCAGAGUCAGUUUUAAAGUUCAAAAUAAAGUUUUUAAUAAACAAAAAUACAAAAUAAACCGGCACAAGGGCCAAACAAAAAUGUUUCAACAACACAAAACAAUCAACACAAAACAAAACUUACAAAAUAAAGCUUCCAGGCUGGAUAGCAUUUUAAAGAGUUUGGUGAUAAAACGAGUGAUGAGGAGAUGAUUUAUCGGUAUGCACUACUAUGUAGAUGUAUGUGAAAAAUACAGCUAACAAGGGGUGGGGCGGGGCUGGAGAUGCAGUACUGAGUGUCCUGUUGAUAUGCAGUGCCUUUUAAACCUGUUUUACUGUGAAAAAAUACUUUUAAACAGUGCGUCUAAAAUAAACUGCGCGUGUAAAAAUAAAUUGGACCUGACAAGCCUGAGACACGCUGAAUAAAUGGACCGCUAAGGGCUAAUCUUGUGGAGAGUCACAAAGUUGGAUUCUGCUGCUUUACAGCCCCUAGUGGCCAUGUGAUUUCAACAUCAUUUCUUUUUUAAACUCCAAUAUUCAACCAUUAGUAUAUUGACAUUGGUAGAGGGUAGAGUGGCAUCCUUUCAAACAUGAACACUUUGUGACAUUGUCUCUUUAAAUCUUUAAAAACUCUUUCAAUAGUAUUCAAAAGAAAAAAGAGGGGUCAAAAUGUUAAUAUGUUCAAUGUACAAUCUGAAUUAUAAUGUUAUUUUCCAGCAGAUCUGGAGGAAAAACUGUACUAGCUACAGCUAUAGUGCUCAGCAUUGAGACAGCAGUGUCUGCUGACUUCAUUCCCUAUGGUGGUUAGAAUUUGACUGGAUUUGUGGCUUUACAGUUAUCUUGAUUUUCAUGUUGGUUUUUGUGGCGUGCACAUUUGAGUGUUCGGGAGGUGGCAUGUAUCAGAUACUCGUACUCGGAAUUGCGUUUAAGAAGUAUUUAUCAGCAGGUAUUCAUUAAACCCAUUCAUUAACGUGUUGAUUUCAAAACAAGAAAACCUGCCCUUCGUUCACAUUUACAAUUGGGUAAUAAUAAUAAUAUCUUUAUAUAGCGCAUUUCAUAGUGGACCACCAUCACAAAGUGCUUUACAGAGGUAGGCUGUGAACUGUGCAUUGUAUGCAGUGUCACUUAGACUUAAAAAUAGUCAAAUAUAAAAAAGGUUUAAAUUACAUCAGUUCCUUGAUUUAAGAGCAAUCACCCUCAGAUUGUGUAAAUACAGGCCUACAUGUUAUACAUUGAUUACCACAUGUGUGGUCUUACUUUGUGUGCAAUGGAAUAGUUUCACAGACUUUUAUUAAGACAGGAACAAUAUUUUUAGUUGCAGUGUUUAGAUGAUGCCAAUGAGAGAAUGUGAAGGACUCAAACUAUUUGUUUAUCUCUCUUGAUCGUCUGUUGCCACAUUGAUAUUCGUCUGAUUAUGCCAGAAAUAUACAUGCAUAACGAAAACACACAUUUCUAUUGCACAUGAGUUUCCAUUGCUGUAUUAUAGUCUCAUAGUAUGCACUGUUACAUUCAGGGAACUACAUUUGAGGAACUGUACAUGUGAGGAACUGUACAGUGUUAGUUUCAGAGAUUAAGUUAACAGCAUUCUAAUAUGCCUUGGAAUAUAAAAGUUGUCAUGCUAUGUAAGUAUUAUUUAUUUGAUAACUUUUUUCUGUCAGUAAAUUUAACUUGUUCAUUUUCUUAUUUGUAAAAUGGUUAAUUUGUUUUUCAGUUUUUGCACUUGGAGACGUGCUGCUGGUUUCGACAGAGAGAAGAUCAGCUCACUGGCAGAGCCCGGAGGAAUGGGAACUGUCACAUUUAUAAAAGAAGACAUCAAAAAGAAUGACGCUGGAGACUAUACCUGCAUGUAUGGAAAUGAGAAUCCUGGAGACCUGACAAACAUCAGCCAUGGUUCUUCAGUUUAUCUCAACGUACAAGAGUUAAGCUAUCAGCUCCUACUUCAGCUGGACAAACACAACCAAAUGGAAGGAAUGGAUGUAUCAUUUCAAUGUAUAAUACCAGUUGAAUUCAGAGAUGCAACAGGAAAAGAGGGUUUUUUCCAUCUGUAUAAAAAUGGAAGCCUUGUCGUUUCACAACACGAUCCCAAAGGCAUAUCAGCUGUCAAGUUUUCUAUUAAAAAGGUUAAGAGGAGUGAUACUGGAAACUACACCUGUGUGUAUGGAAAAGAGAAGCUUGUGAACUCAGCAAACAGCAAACGCAGUCGCCCAGUCUACCUUCAUGUGACAGGAGAUAUGACAACUCCAACCACAUCUAUCAAGACCCAACAGACAAAUGAGACAGGAGAUAUGACAACUCCAACCACAUCUAACAAUACCCAACACACAAAUGGGAUAGAGUCGUACGGGCUGGGGAAUGACAUCAGAAUCUUCCUAUCCCUGGGGAUCCUUCUUGUCCUCUCAGUUAUUGUGGGGGAAGACUUCAGAAGCAGACAGAGGAAGCACCAUGGGGAUGAUCACCAUGGCUGAAAACCGGCGGAGACGUAGGACUCUAAAGCUCUGUGCCACACAUCUUCCACGUAUGCUCCUAAGGCUGUCUGGAUUGGGAACCGUGGAUGUUUUGCCUUUGUUCGGGAGCUUAAACCACCAAACAUCCUCUACCAGCAAAUCCUUAUGUCUUGUUAUCUAAUGCCAAUGGCUAACGAAAGGACGGUUUGGACACUUACUCAUCCAUCUUGCUGGUGGGAAGAGGUUGUGCUGCAUCACUCUUUCAUAGAUCUGCAGUAGAUGGAGUCCUUUCGCAUCAUCGGGGCAACAUUCAGCAUUAUAGUGGAACUAGUAAAGGAGAUAUGCAGCCAAAAAGGAAUUACGUACGGCCUCCUGUGCCAGUGGAAAAAAAGAGUGGUGAUUGCUUAGUAUAGGCUGACAUCCUCAGCUGAAUACAGGGUUAGGGUUACUCAGCUGAGUACAGGGUAGUUAGCAAUGUAUUUUGGGUGCAUAAAACCACAGUUCAUCUUUGUACUUACAAGUUUGUCAACUCCCUUGUUCAGAGGCACUGCAACACGUACAUAGCUAUGCCAGAUGUAACUGAAGCAAAAAGCAGUGCUCUGCAGGACCGUUCUGCUUCUCCCGAAUGGCACCUCUUUGAUUGUUAAGUGGCGGGCGGACGUGCGUUGUCUUUGGACAUAGCUGGAUCAAAAGCAAGGGAAUUCCUUUACAGACAUUUAGUAAGCAGCUCACUUGCUCUUCGUGUUUAACUUUAGCGUCAUUUUUACAACAAGGGUAUUCUCAAACAGCAGCUUUAAUACUAUAAUCAUUAUCAUUAAGGUGAACUACACCACCGCUAACCGUAAAACCACCUAUCAACCUAACAACUGACCUGCUCCCUUGCAAUAUUUACAGUGAUGUCACUAAGGAUAAACAUUGUGUACUUGUCAGUAUUCUUGCAGCAGCAGCAUUCUGGACCAGUUGCACUAUUCAGAUAAUUUAAUUAAUGUUAUUUUUUUUUAGAAUUAAACAAAUGUAGAAUGUUUAAGUUGCUAUUGAUGUGUUAUUUUAUUCUGAAUAAAGCAAAACUGAUGGUACUCUGUUGUGUACUGCACAGCUAAUGUGGUGCUAUAGCUUUAAUAGGAAGACCGACGACGUCAAAAUGAUCUAGACAGCAUUCAGAACUGGGCAGACACAUGGCAAAUUACAUUUAAUAGAGAAAAGUGUAAGGUACUGCACACAGGCAGCAAAAAUGUGCAUUGUAACUAUCAUAUGGGAGAUACUGAAAUUGAAGAAGGAAUCUACGAAAAAGACCUAGGAGUUUAUGUUGACUUAGAAAUGUUUUCAUCUAGACAAUGUGGGGAAGCUAUAAAAAAGACCAACAAGAUGUUUAAUUUAAAUCAAAGGAAGUAAUGUUAAAACUUUACAAUGAAUUAGUAAGACCUCAUCUAGAAUAUUGUGUUCAGUUCUGGUCACCUCGUUACAAAAAGGAUAUUGCUGCUCUAGAAAGAGUGCAAAGAAGAGCAACCAGAAUUAUCCCGGGUUUAAAAGGCAUGUCGUAUUCAGACAGGCUAAAAGAAUUGAAUCUACGCGGUGAUCUGAUUCAAGCAUUCAAAAUUCUAAAAGGCAUUGACAAUGUCGACCCAGGGGACUUUUUCGACCUGAAAAAAGGAGGUUACAAGAUUAGAUAAAGGGGCAUUCAGAACAGAAAAUAGGAGGCACUUUUUUACACAGAGAAUUGUGAGGGUCUGGAACCAACUCCCCAGUAAUGUUGUUGAAGCUGACACCCUGGGAUCCUUCAAGAAGCUGCUUGAUGAGAUUCUGGGAUCAAUAAGCUACUAACAACCAAACGAGCAAGAUGGGCCGAAUGGCCCCCUUUCGUUUGUAAACUUUCUUAUGUUCUUAUAUGUUCUUAUGAGCACUGUGACAUUGCUGCUGACUGCUUGAGUUAGGCUGUGUCUUCAGAAGAUUCUGCAGAUCAGAUUCGGGUUAAGUGAAUUUUCGGUCAACCCCACCCUGAGCACAAAAAGAUUUCAUUUUAAUUAACCCCGACCCGAUGUGGUCGACCAGAUCUAGAUGGGGGUGUAUGUCUGGUUGGGGUCCUAACAUAUAUGUGAUUCGAUGAUUACAUAUUAGAUUAGGGGGCAGAUUCUCCUUUCAGAAAAACAACUACAUUUCCAAUGUAUUUUUAAAAUAUGAUGAAAUAUGUAUUAUAUGCAAUAUAUUUGGUUAUCCAAAAUAUAUCGUAAUAUACUGUUCAAUCAAUAUAUUAGACUGUAUUUUCAAAUAUAUUGUAAUAUACAGUGGAACCUUGCUUAAUCAACCUUCAGUGUGAAGUGCACCCCACUGCACCAUCUGCAUUCCCAAAAAGAAAAAAAAACUAUGUUAAAUAACCUCAAUUAUACAAUCAGCAUGCUGUACACUGCCAAUGAGUUUUUAAAAGGAAAAAAUGAACUGUGUGGAUGCAAUUAGCUGGGUUUGCUGAAGAUGGUUCUAAAGGCUAUUUGUACCUAAUAAAAUGCUGCUCU